AUGGCCAGUAAUGAAAGUCAAGCCAAUAGUUACGAAUUAACAUUGAGAACUGUCUAUAUAAUUACAUUUAUAUUCGUAAUUACAGUAGUAGUUAUUGGUAAUUUUGUCAUUUGCUUUACAAUUGCAACACAUCGUCGCUUAUGGAACUACACCAAUAUUAUGCUUUUUAAUUAUGGUGUCGCUACUACCGUUCGCGUCUUAACUGCUGGAUUACUAAAUUUUCUGUCAGCAUGGGAAAUGAGUAAUCAAUGGCCAUUUGGUCUUGGAUUAUGUCAGUUUAGUCAGUCUAUUGGUAUCGUCACUGUCUUAGUUUCGGCUUAUUCACUUGUAUGUAUGAGUUACGCAAGGAAUCGGAUUAUAACUUAUUCUUUGUUACCACCACCUAAUUUAGGCCAUUGCUUUGUAUCUAUUGCCAUUAUUUGGUGUGCAUCUUUUGCUUUCGCAGCACCAUAUAUGGCCCAUAUUCAAGUUCUUUAUUACAAUUAUACCUUCAAUGGUGCGCUUAUCGAAAUACCAUAUUGUCUGCAAAAUUGGGAUAGAACAGCUAUCGCUUACUACUUCUUGGCAACAAGUAUUGUUGCGUUAAUUGCUCCAUUAAUCUGUAUUACUUAUUUUAACAUUCGUAUGGCAUUAUCAUUAAGGCCAGCCAAAGAAAUAAAAAAUAGUCGUAAGAAAAAAAGCGAUCAUUUAAAGCAACAAAUGAAGAAAAUGUUAGUAAUUAUUGUAGUUGUAUUCUUUAUAACAUACUUUCCCUACAUGAUAUUUCUCAAUUUGCUAAAUUUUAACGCUAUUAAAACCAAUUCAAAUUCGGGUAUGUAUUUAAUCCGGUUGGUACUUGGCCAAGCAACAUAUACAUGUAGUGCCUUCAAUGUUUUAAUAUGUUACCGAUUUAAUCCUCAUUUUCGUCGUGCUUUUCGUAACUUUUUAUGCGGUUUGUGCGAAUCUGAUGCUGGCCGCCAUCUCAAAAGUACAAUUUCUUUUUCAACAUCCAAUAAUUCACAGUACGAACGACGUAGAAGGAAAUCGCGGUUAAAUAGUAGUAAUGGAAUUAAAAUAUCAUCUCCAGAUAUUAAAGAUAUUAAUGGUUCUAAAAUAACCUACGUUUGA